GGGGCUCCGGUUGGCCGUUCGCAUUCCGUGCCGGGUCCGGCUGGCAGCGGCCGCGGAGCCCGGAGCUCCGGGGAAGCCGGCGGGCGACGCGCUUAGCCACGACGGAGCAGCCGCGGGACUGGCCGCCCCGCGCCCCGUUCGCAGCCGUGCCGUUCCCCGGCGCUCUCACCCCGUUCUCGGGAUGGGAGUGUAGCGGCGGCGCGGACUCGGCGGGGAUCGCGGUGGAGGCGGCUGCGGCGGCCGAACGCGGCUCCAUGUUUUCCCCCGGCCAGGAGGAGCCCAGCGCCCCCAACAAGGAGCCGGUGAAAUACGGGGAGCUGGUGGUCCUGGGGUACAAUGGUGCUUUGCCCAGUGGUGACAGAGGCAGGAGGAAAAGCAGAUUCGCCCUCUAUAAGCGGACCAAGGCCAACGGCGUCAAACCCAGCACAAUCCACGUAGUCUCCACACCUCAGGCAUCCAAGGGUCAACAAGAUCCGAUCUGGAUUUCAGAGCAACUCGUGAGGAAGAUAGAACCGGACCCGGAAAGGGAAGAAAAUGACCAUGAAAAGGCUAUCAGCUGCAGAGGUCAGCACAGCAUAUCCUACACUUUGUCAAGGAACCAGACUGUGGUGGUGGAGUAUACACAUGAUAAAGACACGGACAUGUUCCAGGUGGGCAGAUCAACAGAGAGCCCUAUCGACUUCGUGGUCACGGACACAGUUUCUGGUGGACAGGCUGAUGAUGCGCAGAUCACACAGAGUACCAUCUCUAGGUUUGCCUGCAGGAUCGUGUGUGACCGCAGUGAGCCAUACACAGCCCGCAUAUUCGCAGCUGGAUUCGACUCCUCCAAAAACAUAUUUCUUGGAGAAAAGGCAGCAAAAUGGAAAAACCCCGACGGACACAUGGAUGGACUUACCACCAAUGGAGUUCUCGUGAUGCACCCUCGAGGGGGCUUCACUGAGGAGUCCCAGCCUGGAGUCUGGCGAGAGAUCUCUGUCUGUGGAGACGUGUACACCUUACGAGAGACCAGGUCGGCCCAGCAGAGGGGAAAGCUGGUGGAGAGUGAGACCAACGUCCUGCAAGACGGCUCCCUCAUCGACCUCUGUGGGGCCACUCUUCUCUGGAGAACCGCAGAUGGCCUUUUUCACACUCCCACUCAGAAACACAUUGAAGCCCUCCGGCAGGAGAUCAAUGCAGCCCGACCCCAGUGUCCUGUGGGUCUCAACACCCUGGCCUUCCCCAGCAUCAAUCGGAAGGAGGUGGUGGAAGAGAAGCAGCCCUGGGCAUACUUGAGCUGUGGCCACGUGCAUGGUUACCACAACUGGGGCCAUCGGAGUGAUACGGAGGCCAAUGAGAGGGAAUGUCCCAUGUGCAGGACUGUGGGCCCCUACGUCCCUCUCUGGCUGGGCUGUGAGGCAGGAUUUUACGUUGAUGCCGGGCCCCCAACUCAUGCCUUCACCCCUUGCGGACACGUGUGUUCAGAGAAGUCUGCGAAGUACUGGUCUCAGAUCCCACUGCCUCACGGGACUCACGCAUUUCAUGCCGCCUGUCCGUUCUGCGCCACACAGCUGGUCGGGGAACAGAACUGCAUCAAAUUGAUUUUCCAAGGUCCAGUGGACUGACACCCUGGAUAGCCAUCUACGCAUUAUUAACAAGUUACUGUGAAGAUUUUGCCACUAACUCUAGAUUCUACCUUUUUUGUAAUGAUGUUUGUUAAGGGGAAGGCCAACUGGGUUGGGAAAAGGGAGCGGGGGUCUGGUUAUGAAACCCGGCAGGAGUUGACACAUACCACUGUGUUUUGCAUGCUUACAGCAGCAGCAUCGUCACUGAGGUCUGCCUGAUUAAACCUUAAUACCUGUGUAAUAA